AUGUCAUCUGAUUUCAUUCCAAACCUUGCCAACGAAGCUGUUCUGAAGGCUUCUGACCCAGUUCCAGAGGGUGCAGAAUUUGUCCACGGAAUCGACUAUUCCAAGCCAAGCAGUCGUAAUGCUACCGCCAAAGAUAUUGUGGAAGGCAUGAAGAACAUGGGGUGUCAGGCAAGCUCUUUGGCCAAGGCGUGCGAGAUCAUCGAAGACAUGCGUGCAUGGAGAGGUAAGCACAUUGACGACUUGGAAGAACACGAACGCAAGGGCCAGUUUGAUGAGAACGGAUACCAAAAGACCACCAUUUUCAUGGGUUACACUUCAAACUUGAUUUCCUCCGGCCUAAGAGACACUUUAAGAUUCUUGGUGCAGCACAAGAUGGUUGAUGCGAUUGUUUCCACUGCCGGUGGUAUCGAGGAAGACAUCAUUAAGUGUCUUGCACCUACCUACAUGGGCUCGUUCUCUGCCCCUGGUAAGCAGUUGCGUGACAAGGGUAUGAACAGAAUUGGUAACAUGGUUGUCCCUAACGAUAACUAUUGUAAGUUUGAGGAAUGGAUGGUCCCAUUGUUAGAUGUCAUGCUCGAGGAGCAGACUGCCUUUGCCGAGAAGGAGCAGGCUUCUGCUUUAGAUGCAGGAUUACCAUUCUGGACCCCAAGCAAAUUCAUCGACAGGUUGGGUAAGGAGAUCAACGACGAGAGCUCUGUUUUGUACUGGUGCCACAAGAACCAGAUUCCAAUUUUCUGUCCAGCAUUGACGGACGGUUCCAUUGGUGACAUGUUGUUCUUCCACACCUUCCGUGCCAGUCCUAAGCAGAUCAGAUUGGACAUUGUCGAGGACAUCCGUAAGAUCAACUCGAUGUCGAUGAACGCGUACAAGGCCGGUAUGCUUAUUUUGGGUGGUGGUUUAAUCAAGCACCACAUUGCGAACGCCUGUUUGAUGAGAAACGGUGCCGACUAUGCCGUCUACAUCAACACGGGUCAGGAGUUCGACUGUUCCGACGCCGGCGCAAGACCGGACGAAGCGGUCUCCUGGGGUAAGAUCAAGGCCGAAGCCAAGAGCGUCAAAGUGUACAGUGAUGUCACUCUUGUUUUCCCAUUGAUCGUUGCUGCCACCUUUGCAGCCAAAUAA